AGCCGAGCGGGGCCGAGCCGAGCCGAGCGGGGCCGAGCGGUGCUGGGCCGGGCCGAGCGGUGCUGAGCCAAGAAGCGGCAUCAUGCUGGGCAUGGUGAAAAACUCGCUGCUGAGCACGGUGGAGGCAUGGCCCUACCGCCUGCUGAGCAAGGGAGAGAAGGAUCAGGUCAGCUACGAGGAGAGGGCGUGCGAGGGCGGCAGGUUCGCGGCGGUGGAGCUGGUGGGAAAAGCGUUCGACGAAGCCUCAAAGGAAGGGGCAGUCAAACUCCUCAAGUACGUCGGAGGAAGCAACGACAAGGGGGUUGGAAUGGGCAUGACUGCUCCUGUCUCCAUCACUGCUUAUCCUGCUGAAGAUGGCUCCUUUCAGCAGAAGGUGAAAGUCUCUCUGCGGAUCCCAAGCCAGUUUCAAGACAACCCUCCUUGUCCUACUGAUGAAAGCAUUAAGAUUGAAGAAAGACAGGGGAUGAUCAUUUAUUCCACGCAGUUUGGUGGCUAUGCCAAAGAGGCAGAUUACGUCAGCUACGCUGCCAAGCUGCAGGCUGCUCUGGGGAGUGAUGCUACAUACCGCAAGGAUUUCUACUUGUGCAAUGGAUAUGACCCCCCUAUGAAGCCUUACGGACGCCGCAAUGAGGUCUGGUUUGUGAAGGAGUGAACGUCUGGCUCCUUGUGGUGCUGCCUUGCACUGAUAACCUCCCCACACUGUCCCUGUCCUCUUUAAAAUAAACUAAUAAUUCAGCAGAGGCAAAAAACGAUCACUGCUUUUCUCCAUGCCUAUGCCUUACUCUUUUAUGGACCAUAAAAGUCAUUUUAGGAGAACACUUUCUGACCCUCCUGAUGGUCCCGCUCCUUUAUUCCAGAGCAGGUCCUCAGCCACACAGACUCUCUUGAUCUCUUCUUGGCUUGUUUUUAUCUCCUUUGUGCUUCCAGAGUUCAGUGCUGAAAAAGCCAAAAGUACUUAAUUGACUGGUGCCUGACAAGAGUCACGUCCAAGUGUAGGCAGACUAUUAGUCCCACCUGAGACGGGUAGGGGAACAUGACAAAAGUGCCUACAGAGACUUUUUUAUCUCCUUUAGUUUGCUGCAGCUGUAAAAUGCUGCUUUUAUCUUUGCCAUUCCACAAACAAUCUAAAGGGACACUUGGCAUCGCUGCCAACACAGCCAAGUGAAAAUAAAACGUUCUUUACAUUAAUUCAGAGUGUGCAGAAGAUCAACACUUCUGUCGUCUGUCUGAGAAAUACCAUUCAGAGAAAGAUCCAGAUUCUGUUUGCAGCUUUCUUCUGUUUGAGGAGAGAUGUUUUGGCAUGUGAUGUGUAUUCAUCUCAGCUAGCAGCUGGACAAUUUGACCUGGAGACCUCAAGAUUAUUUCCUCACCUUCCUAUUACUUUUGUGCAACAUUUCUUUAAAACUAGCCUAUGCAAGGGCCAGAGCAGAAAUGUGUGUGGUUAUCUAAUUGAACUAGAGAAAUGCAAGGCUGGGAAGAAAGCAGAUGCUUAUUACUUGUGAUCUGAGGGUGCAUUUGAAGAACGGUGAACAUAUGGUGAAGUUACCAUGGGUGCCAGUCUAAAAAACUUUUCUUAAAAGAUGUCAGUUUUUGAAGGGCUCCUCAGACCAGCUGUUUUCUUUAGAGGAGGAAAAGGAAAACCUGGCCAUUCUGGAAAGCGGGGACUUUCAAUAAUGAGUCAAAUAAUGAGUAGCCUUUUGGAAAUUUCAAAUACAAUAGCAAGUGUGGGUCAUGUUUCAGGAGGAGUGGCAAUGUUGAAAUGUCAGGUAUCAAACCAGCAUUUUAGCUGUGUUGGCUCUGCUGGGGAGGCAGCAGGAUGCCCACAGUGGGAACACUCACACUGCUACUGGGUGUGUGUAAUACCUUACCUGCACCGGAAGAGGUGUAGUCCUCUGGUGAUGAAGUGGCCCGUAGUUCAGAUGCUUUCCAAAAGCCAUUUUCCCCUAGAGCUGAAAGAGGCAUUUGUCAGAUGGCAUUGUGGCUUCUGGCUGGUCAAGCUGUUGCAUGUACGCCUGCUUUCUGAGAAAAAAAUCUCAGCAGGAGAUUCAAAAGAGAAAACCUGAGGUUUUGAUGUGCUUUUCUUUUCUUUCUUGCUGAGCCAUAUAAGAGCUUUGCUGUGAACUUCAUGAGAGUUUCAGUCACCUGUGUGUAAGAGCAGCUAGUUCAGGAUGGGUAAAAAGAUAUAAUUUAAUUAAGCAAAAACCAAACAACAGUGAUGGGGAAAAGCUAUUGGCUGUGGUUAGUGAUUGCAGUGCAGAAUAAAGAGAUAAGAAUAAAGAAUAAAGGAUAAAAAGAGAAAUCAAGACGAACAAAGAAAUAGGCUUUUGAAGGAAUUUUUGAAGCAGCAAAUGCCCUUUUAAGCUUGCACCUGAAUCCAAAGGGACCAUUCAUGUCCCAGAUUAUUUUAAUCUGGGAGGGUGAGGAAUGGAGGAGCACAAUAUUGUCCUCUUUAUGCCUUCCCAGGUUUGUUUUGGAGCUUGUGUGGAUACAGUCUGAUGACCUGUGGUGAAUGUCCUUCAAAGAUCAAAACCUUGCAAUUUCUCAAAAUUUAUGUUGUGAAAUCUCAGAUGUUAGGGAUACCAGUAAUAAACCUGGUAUAGACAAAGCUGCACAGCUCAGCAGCAUGGUGGGGUUCUUUUAUAUAAUGCAUACCCUCUGAACAGAGUGUGGGAGCUUCAGAUUCAACGGUGAGAGUAAACAUCUGUAGGCUCUGCCUGUGCAGGCCUGCUACCGGCCUUUUGCAUCAGGCAGGCAGGAUAGGAUUUCAUAAACAUUGUUAAAUAAUGUCAAAGCCUUAUGCAAAUUGAAUUGCCUUUUCUGUACACACAAAGAUGCCUGUGUUUUGUCUGCAUUUUCCACAAUUUCAAAAUAAAUAAAAAUUAAUAUUGUGAUUUA